CGUUAUGGAGGCGGGUGGCCGCUCACUUGCCAAUCAACGAGAGACGGCGUAGUGGGUAGUAGUCGCUGACUCACAAAAUAAAAGCAUUAAAAUAGAGAAGGAACAACGGGAUUCAAAAUUAAGGUUUUGUUGUUUAUAAACCGGCCAUGAGCUCCGGAACCCCAUAUAUCGGCAGUAAAAUCAGCCUGAUAUCCAAGGCCCAGAUUCGGUAUGAAGGUAUUUUGUACACCAUCGACACCGACAACUCGACGGUGGCGCUAGCCAAAGUUAGAUCUUUUGGAACGGAGGGACGGCCCACUGAAAGGCCGGUGCCUCCUAGAGACGAGAUAUAUGAAUACAUAAUAUUUCGAGGAAGCGACAUCAAAGAUAUAACUGUUUGCGAGCCUCCAAAACACCACCAUGGCCUGCCUCAGGAUCCUGCAAUUGUUCAGUCCUCCCUUAGCAGUGCAUCAGCUUCCUACCACCAGCCCCAGGUUUCCUACAGUCCAUACCGGGGCAUGUCCUCCUACAGCCAGCUCGCUGCCAGUUCUCUGCUCAAUCAGCAGUACGCUGCAGCAUUGGGGUUGGGUACAUCACCUAGUGGGAGCAAAACAACUUCACCACAGCCACCUGGCACUGACCUGGGCAAUGCACCUGAUUCCACAGCUAGUUUGCAGGAGACUGGGAAAGUCACAACUCAGGGGGCAGGUUUUCACAACCUGCCUGUUCGCAGGGGCCCUAUGAUCGAGCAGGCUGUUCAGACGGCCCCAGCUGAGAACCCUGUGCAGAAGAACCCCCCCCAGCUGCAGCAGCUUGGCAGAGAGCUGGCUGGACAGUCUCAACCUCAGCCUCAGCGUGCUGUACAGGAAGCUCCACAGAGGAACCCAGUUGGAUCAGAUAGUGCUGUAGACAAAAACCAGGUGCAGAAUAAUGGUGAGAAUAGAAGACCACAGAGAAGACGACAAGCAAACAGGAGGUCCAGGAACCGAGGGAAAGGACAGAACCUGGUAGGGAAUGCGAGUGCCAAGGCCUCUGGUACCAUCCAGUUUGAGGCGGACUUUGAUUUCGAAAGUGCAAAUGCCCAGUUCAUUAAAGAAGACCUAGAGAGAGAAUUGCAAAACAAGCUGAAUAUUAAAGAUGGAGAGGAAAAAGGCGACUCUGGAGUUGAGACUCAGAAUAGUGAAGAAACCGCAGAUGAGGACACUCAUGGCCCAAACUGCUACUAUGAUAAAACAAAGUCUUUCUUUGAUAAUAUUUCUUCAGAACUUCAGGCCAGAAGAAUUACAUGGGCACAAGAGAGGAAGCUGAAUGUGGAGACAUUUGGGGUCCCUGGUAGGUUUUUCCGUGGCUUCCGUGGUGGCAGGAGAGGCCGAGGGACAGUACCGAGGCUUCCCAACCCACAGAGAGUGGGCAGUGGAAGGGUGUAGCUGGAAUGGGCCAUUGAUGCUCAUCAUGGGUUUAUACUGUGGAAGCAAGUGUAGCAGAGUAAAGAUUCUACUUUGACACUUGGUGUGUUUGCCAGAUAAUCUUGUUUUAAAUGUGCUACGAUUUAAGAGUGAAUUAUCCAAAAGUAUGCACUUAUGUUUUCUUUUUUUUUGUUUUGGACAAUUGAAGAGUUUGUAAAUUUGUUUUGUUUUUUACGUGACUUUCUGGUAUGUUUACUGGAAGCAUAUAGUACUACCUUGUGAUUUGGUGGGAGGUCAAUUUUUAGUUUUAAUCAGUUUAAAAAUACUGUAACUAUUUCCCAAUCACAAGAUAUUGCCAAAAUGUUGGUUAACGCUACAUAUUCAGUGCCUUAUUGAAAACUUGAUGUUUGACUAAUCCUAUUUCUGAGGAUUUUUUUUUCUUCCCCCACCCCCAUAAACCAAGGAGUCUUUUUUUUUUUUUUUUUUUUUUAAAGUUCUUUGUCUUUGGAACAAAUAAGGAGAAACAUGUCUAUAAAGGUAGAGAACAAAAUGUGUUUCCUGUGCAAUUCUUGUAUAUGGACAUGUGACUCAUCACCAUGUUUCUUUAGGACACAGUUGUUUAACCCCUGUAGUUCAAUCCUAGUACUCCAGAUAUAUAAAAAUUGAAACUUGCAUUGACUAUUAUCCAUCACCCUCACCCUUCCCAGAUGCAUGUGGUACAAAAUCUAUUCAGGAUUAAGUACUUCUGAGUUGCAUAAUACUCAGUCUAUGCAAAUGCACUUUUUUAUUUAUAUAAUACCUUGUAUUCUGCUUAGUUGUAAAUAUAUGAACUGCCCUGCUUUCUAUAAAAAUUUAAUCAAGGCACCAAAGCAAUGGAAAUUGUUGGAUGACAGACAAUCCAGUUAUGUUUGUUACCUUAAUGGGUGGAUCACAAUUCAAGCAGGUUUACAAUUGUUGUGCUUGAAACAAAGUUGUUUUUUUUUUUUUUUUUGUUUGUUUUUUUGUACAAAUUUAUGGAGGCUCCAAGCAAGUGACCACUCCAACAGACAUGAAGAAAAAUGUUUGAUUUUUGGAAUUCUGUCCCAUUGCAAAUAAACCUAUUGAAAUGUAGUCUCUUUUUUUUUUUUUUUUUUUUUUUUAAUUCUAGACUUUAGUGUUGGAGAUAGAAGCCCCUGCAGUAACCUAUAACUGGGAAGUUACUGUUCAUUUUUAAUGUAAAAUAUCAGACCAUUGCCUUUACAGAAUGUUCCUACUGUGGCUUUCAUACCAUUGCAUUCACUUCUGAUAUGAUCAACACCAAGUCAUACUACUUGGGGAAGAAAUCAAAAUGAUUUACUCUUUGUACUUGCUGUUAUUACUAAAUGUGCACAUUAUUGCUUUUAUUUUAAACAUUAAUUUGAUUCCACAUGGGAAAGCUUUUUAUGUAGCUAUGGUAAAGUUGUUAAAACGGAUUACUUAUUUUAAUUGCUUGUAUUUACUUGAAAUAUUGCAAGUGUGAAGAAUACAUUAAUACAGUUCUCAAUGUGCAGAACUGCUGGUAGUUCAGUUUUAUUUGACUUUAAAGCCACUCUUGCUUUUGCAUAUGUGUAAUUCAGUUACAUAGAUGCAUUAUAUAACUGAGGUUCCAGAGUCCCCUACACAGGUAGCAUCCGUUAAGAGUGAGACAAUUGACAAACCAUUGCAUUUUAUUGCAGCAUCUGUUAAACAUGCAUUUUGUUCCUCUGUGUACUUCGUGGAUUGUUUUUUUUUUUUUUUUUUUUUUCC